CCCAAAAAAACAUCACUUUGAAUGCUUGAUGUUAAGAUAGGCAGUUCUUUCGCUAGCAAAAACGCAGUAACCCAACUCGUCAAGCUGCCUUACACCCCAAACCUUAACACGCAGCAGUUCAAUAACAACUGGUUUGCACUUUGCUCUUCUUAUCGCUGCUAGAACCCAAUUCCUUCACAAAUCCGUACAUUACCCAUAUAAAUGGCUGCUGCAAUCUCCAAAUUCAAACCAAAAACUUCCCGCCAUGCAUCACUCAAGAUCUGCAAAUGCUAGCUCCGGUGGUAGUGGCAGCAGCAGUGGUGGCAGCAGCAAUGCUUAUCCUAAUACAGGGGGUGCAGUGAAGAAAAAUUCUGAAUCAGUAAGUGCAGCUACAGGUCUUGCGGGGCGUCACCCAGUUUACAGGGGAGUAAGGCGUCGGCGAAGUGGGAAAUGGGUAUCGGAAAUUCGAGAGCCAAGAAAGCCUACAAGAAUCUGGCUGGGGACAUUUCCCACCCCUGAAAUGGCUGCUAUUGCUUAUGAUGUGGCGGCGCUUGCCCUAAAAGGCCAAGAUGCUGAACUCAACUUUCCCAACUCUGCUCCAUCUUUGCCUGUACCUGCCUCAAAUUCCCCACGUGAUAUCCAGGCGGCUGCAGCCUCUGCCGCCGCUGCUCUAGGCGCUGCAGGUGAUGCUUUGAAUGUGAGAAACAAUGAGGGUAGAAACAACCCAGAGGCGGCGGCGACGGCGGAGAGAACUGAAGCUAAUGAGUUUGUGGAUGAGGAUUUGAUCUUUGAUAUGCCUAAUGUGAUUCGCAAUAUGGCGGAAGGGAUGCUUAUGAGCCCUCCUCGCUUAGAUGACGCUGCCGGAGAUGCUGCUGGGACUGCAGACGACGAGAACCUCUGGAAAUUCCCUUAAUACUUUAAAAAAUGUAAAAAAUUAAUAAAUAAUAAAUUAUGAAACAGGCUCCACCAAAUAUAUUGGAAAAAAAAAAAAAAAGGAGAGAGACAAAGCAAUCAAGUAUAGUACUAUAUAUAGUGUUCAGGGAGCCCAGGGAGUGCAUGAGUGUGGCUUUGUUUCUUCUUUGGUUUGUGUACUGAUUUUCUAUCAUGAGGACUUGCUCUUGUUGCACAUUAUUAUACCUUCGUAAUGCCGAGCUUAAUGUAGCAAUAAAAAUUUGGCUGUAUA